UAAAAUUAUUAUUAGUUUUUCAAGGCAUCUAGAGACCCCCUCUCAGUGUGUUGUGACCCCCAUGUUGAGAACCAUUGGUCUAUAACGUCUGACAAGUGAGGACCAAGAAAGGGCAUAAUUGGUUUUGAGCUGUUUUGCUUUAAUUAGGGCACAAAUAUCUUAGCUACAAUAAAAUCUACGUUUAAAAGGACAAAAAAAUAUUUUUUUUAUCUUUUAUAACUUAACUGCUUUUAUGUAACACAUAGAACAUGUGUGUUUUCUUUUAAAAGUUAUCAUUCGUGUUUGAAUCUAAAGCUAGCUCCACCAAAACUAUAAAAUACACUGUUUUUCCUCAACCAUAUUCCUCCAAGUCUGCCAUGUUUUAAAACACUUACCCUUCGGCCUUUAUAAAUGCAUCAGCCACUAGGGAAAAGGUAAAAAAUAAAACUUUAUUCUUUAAAAAAUAGUGCAUGUUAAUCUUUGGUAAUAGGUUUGAAGAGGGUUAUUUGUUUGUUUUCUCUCCUGGCUGAACAAGAGGGAGGGUUUUGGACUCCUCUUGUCCAUGUAAAACCAAAAUAAGACUUUGCAUGUGUUGUUUACCAAAGAGCAUAAAUUCCUUUUUCAUGAGUUCAAUCUAAAAUCUCAGUCAGUUUCUCUGGGAGAGGUGGAGAAGAAGCACACCCAGCAGCAGAUCCCUCUUCUUUCCUGCAGGGCUCCUUAAAAUAACAUCAGUCAGCUCUUCACUGAGAAGAUGCGGCUCUUUCUCCUUUUCCCCAUCAUCUGCCUGAUGGCUCCUUUUGGCUCUGGUCAACUUCAAGGUCCUGCUGGUCCAAAAGGUGAAACAGGACUUGCUGGCAUGGUUGGUCCACCUGGUCACUAUGGUAAACUUGGAUUUGCUGGUUCAUAUGGACUUAGAGGUGAACCAGGUCCUAAAGGGGAUCGAGGAAAAAUAGGGGACCUUGGAGUUCCUGGGAUUAAGGGAACGGUUGGACAUCAAAUCAUACGUCCACAAGGUGGCACUGAUUCCAGCAGCCUGGAUUUCACGGCCUUAAAGGAAAUUGUUGCUAAGUUAGAGAAGGCCAUAAACUUCAGCUUCGUGCAGAGGGUUGGUCAGAAGUACUUUGUGUCCAACAAACAGCAAGACUCUUUCUCCAAAGCCGCAGAGUUCUGCUCCAGCCGAGGCUUAGAGCUGGCUUUGCCGCAGAGCGAGGAGGAGAACAACAUGCUGACUCAGUUCUUCAAAGGCGCUGACAGUUUUGCCUGGAUUGGCGUCAACCCUCAAAAAGCAGAGUGGAAUUUUAGAGUCGAUAUGGUUAGAAAACAGCGUCUGAUCUUUACCAAGUGGGACAUGGGUCAGCCUGACCGAUCCAUCCAGGACACCGGCUGCACCAAGCUGUCAGAAGUUGGUCGCUGGAAUCUGACAGCAGAAUGCUUGCAGAGCGGUUUUAUCAUUUGUCAGAUGUAAAAAGUUAAAAUCCCAUACAAGUCCUGCAAUACAAUGCUAACUAAAUUACCAGUAAAUGAUUUAGGAUGAGUUUCGUAAUUUAGGGGGGCAAAGUUGCAUUAUCUCAUGAAAUUACAGUUUUCAGGUCCCUGUAAAGUGCUAAAAAUAUUUUAGGUUUGUUUUAUGACAGGUAACUGUAUUCUCAACCACCAUGCCAAGUUUCAGUCAUGAAAAGCAUCUCUUAGUUAAAAAAAAAUUUUGCUUUAAAAUCACGAAAAACAAGACAGUAAAAUCUACUUUAGGAUGGUGUGGGUGUGCUGGUCGAAUGAGCUCAAACCACACCCACACAGGAGAAAUAUGAUCCUAUCAGAUUUUAAAAAAUGCUACAACCUGAAACAGUCACAUUUGUAUCAUGACAGGCAAACAGUUCAGAGCUAAAAAAAAUCUUAGUUUCAUUUUCUCAUCUUGUAUUUACACUUCAGGUAUUCCUAAUAUCGUAUUUUUUGAGUUAUGUGUGGUAGUAUCUCUCCCGUUUAUGUCUUUGUUGUUUAGUUGCUGUUAAAAACAUUCAAUUUUCUAAUGUUUCUCUUCAAAAUAAAAGUAUUCAAUGUUGAUCAGCAUUGAAGGCUUUUAUUGUGACAGACUUGGCAGGAAUCAAACGUGUCUACCAUUGGAUACUUUACAAAACUUCAUCAUCGCAGUGCCAACAGGCAGGAGGGACUGAAUUGUUGCUGUUUAGAGAGAGACAAAGCCACAGUCUGCCAAUCAUCCAGGACUAAAGACAAGUGAAAUAUGUAUUAAAACACACCUUCAGUGAAUAAGAUGGUUGUUCCUGCUGCAUCUGGUUCAAGUAAAAACUACAAAAGCACUCCAGCAAUUAGCCUUCCCCGUGACCUCAUGGUAAACUCUGGCCAGAGCCUGGCUCUGUGCCAGAGCAGAGACUUAAGUUGGGGAUUAAAUUUACUGUUUUCUGGCACAAAUCUCUCUAUUAUAAUCUUAAUGACCCAUAGGCUCCUCAUAGGCUCCUCUGUGAGGGGCGGGGUAAUUCCCCAUAGCGGCCGGUGACUUGGUGAGUCUCUAUAUUUGCCCUGCUCAAAAUAAAUCCAGCCAGGAAAGAGGUGGAAAACUUUCUAACGGUUUAAAUCCAAAAUUCAGUCACACAGAGCUGUGUUUUCAUAGGUUUACAGCAACCAUAUUCAAACAUUUCUAGUGUGUUAAGGCAUACGUUUAAGUUUAGUUUAGUUUGGAUUUCACUUUACAGGGACUUUUUGCACAGGGUUUCCCAAGUGUUCAUGCAUGGGAGCCCUGAAAUAACAGUACAAGAGACUGAAGGCAUCAAUUAUAUAUGCUAUAAAUAUACUUGACUUUCUAUACUGUAAAGGGAUACUUCUGCAUUUUUAGUUGGGUUGUAUACUUUACCUGGGUAUAGUGGUGGCUUUAGCCUCCUGUGAUUUCAGUGAGAGUUAGCCUUUCAACCAGAAAGGUAAGCAGACCAGAAUGGCUGCUCUGCAAAAUUUAGUGAGAUUUAGGGCCAAAAGCAAUGCCAACUCAAUUGUAUGCUAAAUAAAAAAUUUCUGAAGCCUUUCGCUCUGUUUUAAGCCCCUUUCACAUAUGUGCUGUUGUGGAAAUUUCUCAUCAUUUUCCAGCUGAAUUGGAUUGAUAAACACAAACAGCCACAUGUUUCAUCCAACUAUACCUUAACUUCCACCUGUCAGCCUCCUGGUCUGGUUUCCACAAGCUGUGGUGAGCAGGCAGCCAGUAAUAGUCAGGAAAAUUCAGAUGAUGGCAUUUAUAUCCUGCAAUGGAUGCAAAAACCAGGAGCAGCACAUGACAGAAUGAAUACAAAACAUCAAUAUGGAGUGAGGCUGCCUCAUGUCCUCUGCACAACAAUAUUUUCUUUUCAACUCUUAAGGCUGAUACUGUCCAACUUCAAGUACAUUGUUUAAAAGGAAUAAACUGCCCUGAUUUUGUUGCUUUAUUUGUAGGUGUUGUAAACAUUACACUAACUUCUACAAUGUUCUUCCUACCCUGCCUUCUGAGACCAAAACCAAAGAAAAUUUCAUAAAGCAAAAAAAACUGUAACAAUACCAACAAUACCAUCUUUUUGAAUGGGCUUGUUUUGAGAGCAUAUAAAACAUUAAAGCAUGCAU